AUGACCGGUGGUGUUGUGUGGGGGAUUCUGACAGCCCUCUCCCAGAUGAUACUUAACGUCAGCACAACGCCAGCUACUUCGCCGAGCGUGCAGGGGCUUCGGUCUGACAGCUCACCAUUCCCAUCCACGGCGAUUUGGGGGAGGGGAGCCGUGCCACUGCUGCGACCGCUCGACAAAUCGCUCGGGUUGGGCUCAGAAAAGCCCACGAAACACCCUUCGGUGCCGGCCGGGACUCCCGGGGCUCUCCGGCACCGGACAGCACCGCCGCUGCCGGUGCCGGGCGUUUCAAACAGCCAUCUGUCCCGCGGCACGCGUGACGCCGGCUCUGUCUAUAGGCGGAGGCUUUCCCGGCCGCGCCUCACGCCCGCUCCGGAGUCCCCCCAAGCCCCCGCCGCCUCCCGGGGCAGCCGGGCCCGGCCCCUCGGGCCACACCCGCCGAGGGGAGGGGGCCGGGUGGGCGGCCCGCCCGCCCGCCCCUCGGGCCACUGCCGCACCCGCCGGCCCCAGCAUGGACGCUGCCGGCCCGCCGCCCGCCGGUCCCGGGGGAUGGGGCCCCGGGAAGGAGGAGCAGGCGGCGUACGCGGAGGUGUGCGCGCGGCGGGCGGCGGGGGGACGGAGGAACCGGCGGCGGUCGGGGGGCAAACUUCCUCCUCCUCCUUGGGCUGCGAGAGCGACGAGGAGACCGGAGCGGGGCGCGGGGCCGGCGGCCCCCCCCGGAGAGCGCCCAGGGGCGCGCCCGGCGCGGCGGGGCCGCACUACAUCAGCACGCAGGAGAUCCAGCUGAGCGAAGUGGACCACGAUAUGGACUUCGACGCGGGGCUGGCCGCCCGCUGGGACUUCGAGGACGACAACGUGAUCUACUCCUUCGUGGACUACGCCUCCUUCGGCAGCGACGAGACCCCCGGCGACACGCCGACGGAGGAGGACAACAGCUGCUACCUCAGCACGACGCCCAGCGAGCGCACGGCGCGGGCGGACAGCGCGGGCAGCGGCAGCGAGGCGGCGGGCGGCAGCUCGGGCAGCGACGCGCCUCGGCGGCCCGGCGGCGCGGGAGCGAGCCCCGCGGGACACAUCCUCCUAUCAAUCAAAGCGGCCUCACGGGCUAUAAAUGAGUGUAGCGCCGCGCGGGAAGAGCGCGACGCAAUCUACGCCGCCGAGCAUGAAGGCGACAUGAGCCUCCGCGUCGCCGCGGCUCCGGAGCGCGCGGCGGGCUUCGGGCAGGACGCCGGCCGCCAACACGCCAAAAAGUUCAUCGCCGUCCCCGCGCGCCUGCAGACGCGCUGCGGGGCCAGGGAGGCGGGCGGCUGCUCCAGCGGCGCCUCCAGCGCCGUCAGCGAACUGGACGACGCCGACAAGGAGGUGCGCAACCUGACGGCCCGCGCCUUCCGCAGCCUGGCGUACCCCUACUUCGACACCCUCAGUCUCGGCUCCCGCGCCUCCUCCGCCUCCCUCUCCGACCAUGCGCUGGGCGUCAACCGCUGGUCCACCUACCUGGACCUCAAGUGCGGCGCGCUGGGGCCGCGGGGCGCUGCGGGCGGCGGGCAGCUGUGCGUGCGCUCCGGCAAGGCGCCCAGCAGAGCGCUGCAGUUCGUGGUCAGCAAGCUGGACGGCGAGAUCGCGCACGUCGAAGCGCCGCCGCCGCCCCGGGGAACGCUCGGCGUGCGGGAGCCCGGCCGGGCCGCCCGCCCCGAUGAGGAGGAGGCCAGCAAGAAGUCCAGGUUCGCCUCCAGCCUGCUGAAGAACGUCAUCUCCAAGAAGAUGCAGCUGGAGCACGAGUUCAAGAUGGAGCGGGGCGAGCUCACCGACACGUCCUCGACGGGGCCCGGGGCCGCGCCUCCCGCCGGCCGCGACCCGGAGCCCGGCGCUGGGACCGGAGGCGGCGGGCGGCCGCGGGAGGGCGGCCUGCAGCGGCAGAGCUCCCGGCUCUCGGAGGGAGGCUCGGAGCACGGCGCGCCGCCGCCAGAGGAGCCGGGGGAGCGCGGCGGCGGACGCUCGCCGGCCUCCAAAGCGUCUACGCCGCGCGAGGGGAGCCAGGAGAGAGCUGCGGCAGAGGAGGCGGCCGAAGCCCGGCGGGGCGGCUCGGAGGCGGCCAGGGCCACCUUCUUGCGCAGCCAGCACAGCGCCUUCAGGUCGUGGAAGGAGCGGGAGGCGGAGAGCAAGGAGGAGCGGGCGUCCGGCGGCAAGGCGAAACCGUUCCCGCGGCCCGAGCCGGGCGAGCCGGCCGCCGGGAAGGCCACCAAGCUGUCCCGUCUGUUCGUGCCCGGCAUCCAGCACGCCGCUAAGGAGAAGGAGCCCGCCGUGCAGCGCCCCGCCGCCACCUCGCCGCCCGCCGCCAGGCCACGGCUCCCCGAGAUCAAGAUCAGUCUAGGGCCACCCGCCGAGCCGCCGUUCAGCAUCGCGCAGCUGCUGACGCCGCAACUGGCCGCCCGGCCGCCUGACACCGGCCACAGGGCUCCGCGGGCCGACGGCUCCGACAGGGUGCCGCAAUUCUUGGUGCGCGACGUGCGGGAGGGCAAGGGCAAGGCGCAGGCUCCCCUUCAUCAGGUGCGGGACGUGCGUAAGCUCAUCAAAGGCUCCCAUGGCGGGGACUCGGCGGAUAACUGCAGCGACAGGGGCAGCGUGGGAUCCGAGCAGGGCGGCGCCGAGCACCGGCAGCCCGGCCCGGCCGAAGCGGGGAGCAAAGCGGCAGCGGGGGGCAGGGCGCUGGGCUGCCCGCCGGAGGGCACCGUGCUGGUGCACCGCACGUCGGGCCGCCUGCCCGUGGCCACCAUCGCGCCCAACAAGAGUGACCCGCGGCAGCCCGCCGUGCUUAAGAUCGUCGCCAAGUCAGCCGCGCCUUGGCGGCACCAGGCGGCCCCGGUGCCCGCCGAGAAGGGCCGCGGCGCGGAGGAGGACCCGCGGGAGGAGGGCAAAGCGGCGCCAGUCCAGAACGCGCUGGAGAAGCUGACGGCGGCGGUGCGCAGCAUGGAGGAGCUGUACAGCUUCAGCAAGCGCGAGUGGAAGCGCAAGAGCGACCCGCUGCCCAUCACCGGCAGCCACGUCCUGUCCCUCAUUGCCAGCCAGGAGCGCGACGCCGCGCCCCGCCCGCCCCUCGCCGCCGAGCCAACGCCCAAGGCGGAGGAGCCGGCGAACAAGGGCCCGGGCCCGGCGGGAGGAGAGCGACUGCCGCGCCGGGCCGCCAACCCCGCCGCCGCGGCCGACAAGGUGUCCGCCAAGGCGGCCGCCUUCGAGAGCCUGGCCCGGCAGCGCCAGCGCGGUCCCGCGCCGCCCCGCGCCCUCCUCACGCUCCGGGGCCCCGCCGCCGCUGCCGCGCCGCCCGCCAAGCCCCCGGCGGACGGCGGUGUGCGGGGCCCCGCGGCGGCAGCGACGGCGGCGUUGGCUCCGCGAGCCCCGCGGCUCCAGGGCCAAGGAAUAAGGAUCACUCUCCUUUAA